CGCGCUCAGAGAGCCCUCUACAGGGACGUCAUGCAGGAGAACUAUGAGAUGGUGACCUCGCUGGGAUUCCCCAUUCCCAAACCUGACCUGAUCGCCCAGCUGGAGCGAGGGGAAAAGCCAUGGAUCCCGGAUCUCCAGGCCUCCGAAGAAAGGAAGAGCCCAAGAGGCACCCACACAGCAGGUGAUAGGACAGGGAAUGAGAGCAAGGAGGAGAAUCAGCAGCAGGACGGUCCUGGGAAAGUGAAAACACAGGGGAUGUUUUUGAGAGCUGAAGGGAAUUUUUCCCAGUGCCUGGAACAGGGAAAUGCCUGGGGAGAUCGACACGGAUCAGAGAUGCAGCUGGAAAACUAUCCCGAGAAGAAACUAGAUGAAUCCAUUCAAGGUGGUGGAGGAUGCAAGGAUCCCAAGGAAGCCACAGUCCAGCAGAAAAGUCACAAUGAAGAGAAACCCUACAAAUGUCUUGACUGUGGAAAAAGAUUCCGUUUUAGUGCAUUCCUUAUUAGACAUCGGAGAACCCACACAGGAGAGAAGCCCCAUAAAUGCCUGGACUGUGGGAGAAGUUUUGGUGAGAAGUCAAACUUUAUUAUGCACCAGAGACUGCACACAGGAGAGAGACCCUAUAAAUGCCUUGAGUGUGGAAAAAGAUUUAGUCAGAGGUCACAACUUAUGGCACAUCACAGAACCCACACAGGAGAGAAGCCGUAUAAAUGCUUAGACUGUGGGAAAAGCUUCAGUAGGAAUCCAUAUUUAACUAUACACCAGAGACUGCACACAGGAGAGAGACCUUAUAAAUGCCUCGAGUGUGGGAAAGGUUUUAUUGGAAGUUCAUCCCUUACUAAACAUGGAAGAAUCCACAUGGGAGAGAGACCAUUUCAAUGCUAUGAGUGUGGGAAAGAUUUCAUUCUUUGGUCACACCUUAUUAAGCAUCAGAAAACCCACACAGGUGACAAACCCUAUAAAUGCCUUGAUUGUGGGAAAAGUUUCAUUGACAAAACAAAACUUACUAGUCAUCAGAGAAUCCACACAGAAGAGAGACCGCAUAAAUGCUUGGACUGUGGGAAAAGCUUUAUUGAGAAGUCACUACUUAUUAUACACCAGAGAGUGCACACAAGGGAGACAUCUUUUAAAUGCCAUGAGUGUGGGGAAAGUUUUAGUCAGUGGUCACUCCAUAUGGCACAUCAGAGACUGCACAUGGGAGAGAGACCCUAUGGAUGCCUUGAGUGUGGAAAAAGUUUUAGCAAAAGUUCAUACCUUACUAAACAUGGGAGAAUCCACACAGGAGAAAAACCUUAUAAAUGCUUUGAGUGUGGAAAAAGUUUUAGCCAAAGUUCAUACCUUACUAAACACGGGAGAAUCCACACAGGAGAAAAACCCUAUAAAUGCCUUGAGUGUGGGAAAAGUUUCCAUUUCCAAUCAGGCCUUAAUAUACAUCAGAAAACCCACACAGGCGAGAAACCCCAUAAAUGCUUAGACUGUGGGAAAACUUUCAGUCAGCACUCACACCUUACUCAACAUAGGAGAAUCCACACGGGAGAGAAACCCCAUAAAUGCCUGGAAUGUGGAAAAACUUUUGUUCAGCGCUCACACCUUAUUAAACAUGGAAGAAUCCACAUGGGGGAGAGACCUUAUAAAUGCCUUAAGUGUGGGAAAAGCUUCAGUAAAAGCUCAGCGAUUACCAAACAUCAGAGAAUGCACAAUGAUACAGGAGAGAGACCCCAUAAGUGCUUAGACUGUGGAAAAAGUUUCAUACGGAGGUCACACCUUGUUAAACAUCAGGCAUUCCAUAAAGGAGAGAGACCCCACAAGUGCUUGGACUGUGGGAAAAGUUUCAUACAGAGGUCAGACCUUACUAAACAUCAGGCUAUCCACACAGGAGAGAGACCACAUAAGUGCUUGGACUGUGGGAAAAGUUUCAUACAGAGGUCAAACCUUAUUAAACAUAAAGCAAUCCACACAGGAGAGAGACCCCACAAGUGCUUGGACUGUGGGAAGAGUUUCAUACAGAGGUCAUACCUUGUUAAACAUCAAGCAAUCCACACAGGAGAGAGACCACAUAAGUGUUUGAACUGUGGAAAAAAUUUCAUACGGAGGUCACACCUUGUUAAACAUCAGGCAAUCCACACAGGAGAGAGACCCCACAAGUGCUUGGAAUGUGGGAAAAGUUUCAAACAGAGGUCACACCUUAUUAAACAUCAGGCAAUCCACACAGGAGAGAGACCACAUAAGUGCUUAGACUGUGGGAAAAGUUUCAGGAACAGAUCAGCCCUUUCUAAACAUCAGGCAAUCCACACAGGAGAGAGACCCCACAAGUGCUUGGAUUGUGGGAAAAGUUUCAUACAGAGGUCAGACCUUAUUAGACAUCAGGCAAUCCACACAGGAGAGAGACCCCAUAAGUGCAUGGACUGUGGGAAAAGUUUCAUACAGAGGUCAAACCUUAUUAAACAUAAAGCAAUCCACACAGGAGAAAGACCCCACAAGUGCUUGGACUGUGGGAAAAGUUUCAUACAGAGGUCAAAUCUUGUUAAACAUCAAGCAAUCCACACAGGAGAGAGACCACAUAAGUGUUUGAACUAUGGGAAAACUUUCAGAACCAGUUCAGCCCGUAUUAAACAUCAGGCAAUCCACACAGGAGAGAGACCCCACAAGUGCUUAGUGUGUGGAAAAAAUUUCAUGCGGCGGUCACACCUUGUCAAACAUCAGGCAAUCCACACAGGAGAGAGAUCCCACAAGUGCUUGGACUGUGGGAAAAGUUUCAUACAGAGGUCAAACCUUGUUAAACAUCAAGCAAUCCACACAGGAGAGAGACCACAUAAUUGUUUGAACUGUGGAAAAAAUUUCAUAUGGAGGUCAGACCUUGUUAAACAUCAGGCAAUCCACACAGGAGAGAGACCCCACAAGUGCUUAGACUGUGGAAAAAAUUUCAUACGGAGGUCACACCUUGUUAAACAUCAGGCAAUCCACACAGGAGAAAGACCACAUAAGUGUUUGAACUGUGGAAAAAAUUUCAUACGGAGGUCAGACCUUGUUAAACAUCAGGCAAUCCACACAGGAGAGAGACCCCACAAGUGCUUGGACUGUGGGAAAAGUUUCAUACAGAGGUCACACCUUAUUAAACAUCAAGCAAUCCACACAGGAGCUAAACUUCUGUGACACUGGGAGAGAAAGGGUUAAGCAACUUGCAUGUAAUAGACCCAGUUCAACAUUCAGAGAUAUGUUAAAAAGUGUGUCCAUGUUAUAUAAGCUUGAGCUUUGAAAUGUAAACUUAUGUUAAAGACCUGGAAGAAGAUGGUAACUGUAGUAGUCUAUAAAAAGCAACGAAGAAUCUGUGGCAACUUAUAGACUAACAGAAGUAUUGGAGCAUAAGCUUUUGUGGGUGAAUACCCACUUUGUCAGAUGCAUGUGGUGGAAAUUUCCAGAGGCAGGUAGAAAUAUGCAGGCAAGAAUCAGUCUAGAGAUAACGAGGUUAGUUCAAUCAGGGAGGAUGAGGCCAUCUUCUAGCAGUUGAGGUGUGAACACCAAGGGAGGAGAAACUGCUUUUGUAGUUGCCUAGCCAUUCACAGUCUUUGUUUAAUCCUGAACUCAUUAAUGUCAUUUGCAAAUUAACUGAAGUUCAGCAGUUUCUCUUUGGAGUCUGGUCCUGAAGUUUUUUUGCUGCAGGAUCCCCUUUAAAUUUGCCAAAAAAAGAAGAACAGGAGUACUUGUGGCACCUUAGAG